UGUUUUUGUCUGCAGUUGAUUUUGGCUUCUGUGCUUGGCUUAAUCCCUGGGAGAAGAAACGGAGGUCUUUAAUUGGGACUCCUUUCUAUAUGGCACCAGAAAUGUUGGCAGGAGACAAAUAUGAUGCCAAAGUGGACAUCUGGGCCCUUGGGAUCACGGCACUAGAAAUGGUGGAUGGUCCUACACAGCCUAAGUACAAGCCACCCAAGCUGAAAACUCGCAGAAACCUGUCGCCUGUGUUCCGUUCCUUCCUGCAGUCCUGCCUGAAACGGAAUGAGAAGCGUCGAUGGACGGCCGAGCAGCUGCUGAAGCAUCCAUUUUUAGAAAAAUCCGGUAGUCUCAACAACAUGAGGCCUCUGCUCGAUGCAAUCAGGAGAUUCUUUACACAGAGGUUCACAACACCAUCACCAGAACCUCUGCUGGCUCCCUCUGUUUCUGGACAAGAGAGUAAGGAAGAGCAAGCAGAGAAGGAAAACGACAAAGCAAAGCCUGAAGGAGUGAAAUCAAUCCUCAAGAGCUCACCAAUGGCAGCUGUUGCUGCAGCACCACAUUCUGAAGAAAUCUCCUUUCCCGACACUGAAAUGCCAAGCACAAGCACCGGGAAAGGAGACACUCGGAAGAAAAGCAUUCCAAAGGAAAUCACGUACCGGCCGCCAAAGCUAUUGCCACUAACACGACGUUUCCUUGAUGACCUCAAGAGCCAUGUGAGUGAGGGGAACCCUACGAAGAAAUACACUGUACAGCAGAUAAUUGGCCAAGGGUAA